UAUCACCAAUUGUGAGCUAAAUAUAAAGGGCUAAACAGUAAAACGUGUUUGUGAAUUACUGUAUAAGGAUUAUUUUUGUUUGUUUGUUUGUUUAGUUUAGUUUAGUUUUUGGUUUUAGCUCCUGAGGUUGAUGAGAGCGUUAGCAUCUAUCAGAUAUCCUGCCAGUUAUUCAUUCAUUGCUCCAUUCAGAUCCACAUGUAAUUUAAGUAGAUUUUGUAGUCAUGCGGGACGUUUAGCUGCUGUGUGUAUUGUUGUUUCUAAUUCAUAAUCGCUGGGGCUGCAAAUGCAACUGUUGUGGGAGGUGUUGGUGAUGGAGUGGUUUUAUUAUCCAAAAGACCAGCAAUGAUCUCUAACAACACACCUAAACCUUUUAUUGCAAUGUCUGGCUGCAGUGCUUGUUGAUAUCAUGCGCCAUUGCUUAUUCUGACAAUGCAAAAUUCACCACUAUUUCAAUACCUACAUGAUCUGGGCCAUACAGACUUUGAAGCAUGUCCAAUUGCUUCCCGUGAAAAGGAAUGCGUUGAACUGGAGGAAGAUAUUACAGCUCUCAGUAAUGGAAAACAAACUUUGAAGGGAGGGGCGUUAUGGAGACUAGCUGAUGCCUUAUGGCAAUGGACCCCUUUUUACCAGGCUGUCAAAACCAAAAAGCUGCAACAACAGUUGGACACUGUCUUUGGUCAAUAUUCUGUGCGAUGUAUUUUGGACCAAGAUGUGCUCCUGCAAGAGGACGUGGAGCUGAUUGAGCUUUUGGACCCAAGCCUCCUCACCUUAGGAUCAUCACCAUUGGGUUUAGACAGCCAAGCUAAGACCAUUCCAAGACCAGGCUUUAUUUUCAAGCCUUCAAUUUGGGACGUGACAGGACUUGUAGGCUUCGCUGCAGUGCUUAUCAGUGUGUGCUCUGAUGGCCUGUGGUCAGUAGCUGCAGUCCCAUGGGGUCUAGCACUGCUGACCUGGGUUGGUCUCAAAGGGACUGUUUUUUGGAGACAGAGGCGUAUGCAAAAAGCUGUCUACACGAGAACCACAGAGAUCCAGACACUAGUCCAUAACAGCAAGACUUUAACUGGACUGUCCCGCAAAGCUCUUCGACUGGUUCAAGAGACUGAAGUCAUUUCCAGGGGGUUCACCCUUUGUAUCACAUUUCACUUGUCAAGUUUACUCGACAGGGUGAGUGCAGCUAGUACAUUUAGCAGGGCAGCGCCAGGAACAACGCCACGUGGGCAGCAGCUGAUUGGACUAAGGAAGACCUUGUACAGGGUUCUCCGCUCAGCAUUCAGGGCCUCACGUAGAGCUACUUGUCACAUGCUCAAGGCCUUCCCACUGAACUCCGAAAUUGAUAAUGUGACUAAUUACGUAUCUGCGGUUCCUCUGAAGGAGCUUGGACUGGGAUUGGGACUCGAGCACUUGGGUGAUGAACAGGCCCAGGAGUUGACUGAUGACUACAGUCUUCCUGCCCUUAAGAUGCUUUUCCAGUUGUGGCUGGGUCAAAGUUCUGAAUGUUUUCGCCGUCUUGCCCUCCUCUUGUCACCUCCACGAGUAGAGGAGCUGUCAGAAAAUGCACCAAAAGAAGAAACUGUUCCUUUGUCACCAAUAUAUCAGACCAUUUCUAUAGUGACUGAACCGCUCCACAACACACUGGCCAAGUGUCUCUGUGACAUGCAACGCAGCUAUGAUUUCCAUCGCCAUUUUGAAACACAGACAAGGGAGGCUAUAUCUCACAGGGCAGGAAGGGCCAAAGAGAAAUGUAGGGACCUCAACACUUUGCAUACAUCUAUUAGAAGUCUGCAACUGCAUCUUAAGACUCUGCUUAGCGAGAUGAUUAUUCUGGAAGAUGAUUUAGAAAAAAUGAUGGUUUCUGAAGAACCCUCAGAGAUGCCAUUUCAAGGCUAUCAGGACCUUAGUGACCGGCUUCACCAGCUCCAGCCACAUAUGCAGGCAAGCAUAGGCUGCUGGGAGGACACCAUUGGCCAAGUGGAUCGCAUGCUGAAAAGGGCCAACAUCAGUUCAGGAGAUCCUGAAGAUGCAAAACGAUGUUGUCCACCUACGUGUGACAUCGCAGAUCUUCCUCAGUCCUAUCCUAUUAUCCUUGAUAAAGACCCUGUACCAGAGGAAAUGGAACUGGAGGCUUAUGUUUCUGACUCAGAUACAGACAGUGAAGGGAGGGGAUCCUGGUGUGACAUGUUGUCACCAGAGGAGCGUGAGCGCCAGCGAAGAGAAAGAGAGGAGUCACGUCGUGUCCUGUCAGAGCUAAAAUCUGUACUUUGCUUCCGUGCUUCAGAGGGGGAGAGGAUGAAGAGGAAACAGCUGCUGUUCAAUGAUCAAGCUGCUGAGACACCUACAUCCAACAGUGAAACUUCUGACUCUACUGCAUCGACUCCCAAACCUACACUGACUUUAAUUUUUGUGGAAUCUAUAGAGCCCGGUAGAGAAGAGGGAAAGCAUUUAUCAGAGUACACCACACGAAAUAAAGAGGAAGGAAGAGAAGGCACUGUGGGACCUGACCCUUUGGAGACACCAGUGAUGGAGUUCAGUUGUGGUUUAGAGCCAGAGGAAGAGCAGACAGGACAAGGUUUGAUAUCCAAAAGAGGAGGAGGAGGAGCAUCUGAGCACCACCAAUAUGAUGGUGUCCCAGUGGAGGAGGCUGAGCUAAAUAGUCUAGCCAACUUUAUUAAAGAUAAAGUACCAACUGUUUCCAUAAUGGACCGACUGACUGAGAUUCAUGGCUCACAGGCUCUAAGCUUCGGCUCAGCCUUGGCUUCACAAGUUGCAGCACGGUCACGUUCAAUAAUGACAAUUGAAGAGCAGACCUUUGAAGAUAAUGAUGAUGGUGAUGAUGAUGUUGAUGAUGAUGAAGCGGCUGACUGAAACUAUGAUAUAUAAAUCUGAUUUAAACUACAUCAAACUAAGACAAAUGAUUGUAUUUAUGUUUGAUUGUCUCAAAUAAGAUAAGAUAAGCUAUACCUUGUCUCUAAAAUCUAUGUUUUGCAAAUUCCUAUUCAAAAACAAUACAACCUACAACAGUUAUGACACAACUCAGGUAUUAUAACCACUUAAACCAUACUACUAGGAAGCAAAGUACUUGCAUAUUAUCAUGACAAUCGAGGAGAAUAAAGUAGAAUGAAAUCUGCAGAAGAGCUUCUGGGUAGGGUCUAUGAAUGUCUACAUGCAGAGGCACUUUGUUUAAUGCAGUUAAGAUUGCAAUAGAAGUAAAUUAAUGUAACCCAAAGUCAUACAAAACAGACAAAGAGUACAAUUUUCUGUUGUAUUGUUUUUGCCUAUGCAGUUACAGUUAGUUCACUUUGUAACUGAAUGUUAUGAACAGCUUGAUUUUGAGAUUUUCAUCUCAGCUGUGGAUCCUGAUCAAUGAUAUAUUUUGUUCUGUGGUUGACCCUAGUCAAAAGUCUCAUCUCAUCUAAUCUUUACUCCCUCUAAAAUUAUUCAGUUGAGAAAACAAUGAGAUUUCUUGGCUCAUACUUUGCUGCAUUAAAAAAAAAAAAAGAAAAACUUUGUGUAUGUGUGUGACAAAAACUCUCAAAUUUCAGAGGAGAUGUUACACUCAAGAGGAGAAUAAACCAGUUUGGUAGGUUACAUGAUAUUUCCACUGGGCUAUUGUUUAUGAACCCAGUCCACCCCUGAACAUACACAGAUCUGUAUUAUUUUGUAAAUGUCUGUCUUUUGUUUGUUUAGACACAAGACACCGCCACAUUGUGAACAGCCUUUCUGGCUAUUUAAGUAAAACUUUACACUGAAAAAAGAAUAUAUUAAAAACACAAAUAAAAUGAAAUAUUAUUCUUGA